CGCCAGAGACAUUCAAGUUCCUAGACGCAACCUAGUUGCUAAGGCAUGUCUGUCUCUUAGCUGCUAGGAACGAAGACCUUCUGGUGGUCCGUUCUCCGAGUCGCUAUCUUGCAGCUUCGGCUCCUUGGUAGCGCUGUUUCCCGGCUGUUGGCUUCGCUCCUCAAGUUGCGUGCAAGCCUCUUCUGGUUAACUACAAGUACCAGAAUCCAGGAUGGAUAAGAUUUUCGGUCCCGCGUAUACCGGUGAUCCCGGCGUGCCUCACACCGAUAAGGACAUUUUCUCCGGCAUUUUCUGGGGAGCCGUCGGUUUCUCGCUCUACUCGGUAGCCGAUCCAUACUACUGGCAGCACACAACGGAGCACAA